UUCAGGUUGUAGCGGGUCUCCAUGGCGGGUCGCUGUCCCGGCUCCGGCCUCCCGGCUCGCUGCCGCCGAUGCCGCCACCUCUCCGCACCGCUGCCGCCCGGGUCUCAGCGUGGCUCGGACCGACCGGACCUGGCCCAGGAACCUCCGGGGACGCCGCCCAGCCCUGGCCAGGACUGCAGGCGGGGCGGGAGGGCACGGGCGAGGCGCGGGCUCCGCAGUGGCGCGGGCUCCGCGGUAGCGCCGCCUCCUCCGCUGCUCCCCCGCCUCCCUGAGGGCUGGGCAGGCGCCGGCGCCGGCCCGGGUGUCGCUGAAGCGGGGGCCCGGGCUGGAGGUCAGCGUCCUCGUCUGGCCGCGGGUCCAACGCUGCCGCGGCCGCCCUGCCUGCGUCACCCGCCCUCUCCCCGGUUUUGUGAAGUUGUCCUGACGUGGCAGUCGCUCCGUGGCGGGAGGGCGGCGCGGCCGUGGGCCACUUCGCCGGCCCCGGGAAGCCCGCUCCGAGAUCUGAAAAAGCGAGCAGCGCCCAGGUCGUCUUCCUCUCACCCAGGGUCGCCCGGAGGCCGACCUCCCGCCGGGCCCAUCCGACGUCCCCAGGCGCUCGCGGAGCUCCCCGCGGAGCGGCGCGGCAGGAAACGCCCCGGCCCUGCUCGCGGCGGGCUGGGUCCGGGCCCGGGCCCUCGACACCGGGUUCAGAGCCGCCCCGGCCCGGCGCCCGCGUGCACCGGCGCCUGCCAAGUGCUUUGUUUUUAGAUCAAUAGUUGUUUUGGGGUGGAAACAGUUAAAUCGGGAAGAUAAAAUCCAGUGAUAAGGGAUUGAGUAGGGCUUUAUAAGGAUUCUUUUUCAAACAAAUGUGUUUAGGUGCAAGGCACUUUAGCAUUUGGGGAGAUUAAAAAAAAGGAGUUGAAUCGGGGAAAGCAUACAAAUAUGAAAGGGGACAUGGAUUCAAGCCCUGGUCCAGGAAAAUCCCACAUGCCACAGAGCAAUGAAGCCCAUGAGCCACAACUACUGAGCCUGCGCUCUAGAGCCUGCAAGCCAUAACUACUGAGCCCGCGUGCCUAGAGCCCGUGCUCCGCAAUAAGAGAAGUCACGGCAAUGAGAAGCCCACGCACCGCCACAAGAGAAGCCACCGCAAUGAGCAGCCCAUGCACCGCAACAAAGAGUAGCCCCCACUCGCCGCAA